AUGGUAAGGAAAUUGUAAUUGGAAUCAAUAAACUUACAUUUCCAGAAUGUUAAAGGAAUCCUAGGAUUGUUUUAGUUCGAUAUACACAUAAAUUAAGUUAAUAAGAUAAAGAAUUAUUACAAUAAAAUUUAAAUGAUGGAGUUGAUGGAGGAUGUAGAAUUAAUGAUUCAAGUUGUAAAUUAAAGAGAAUUAUAAUUAUCUUUAAUAAAGAAAAGAUAUUCAUUCCAGAAAUAAGUAGAAACUUAAAACAUUGGGAAAUUUCAAUAGAUUUUUUAAGAUAAUAAUGCGAAACUUAUCAUUCUUAAUAUCUAAUACAUUAUAUUGAUUAAAUAGUUAAAUGUAAAAUCUAAGAUAGAUUACCAAAGUUCUUUACUGUUCUCAUUACUCUUAUCAAUUAGAAGACUAACAAUGUUAAGGAAUUUGAUUAAUAAAUUAUAAGAGACUUUGAUUAAUUUAUUAAGAAUAGAAAUUAUGUUAAUUAUUUUAGUUUAAAGACUUAUCACAAAAUAACUUAAAUUGAAAAUUACUUAUAGGAAUCAUUGA